AGCCUACGCGGCAGCAACAGUGGUAGCAGCAAGGACAGAUCUCACAGGAGAGGUGCUAGCGAGAAGAAUGUGCGGUGACUACCGAGAAAUCAAUCGAGUAACGAGAGCCGACCGAUAUAGCAUGCCAACUGCAGAGGAGAUCUUUGACAGGCUAGAAGGCGCGGUCAUAUUCUCCACUUUGGAUUUGCGGCAGGGAUUCAAUCAUAUAGCGAUAAAUGAAGGAGACAAGGGCACGACGGCCUUCCAUGGAGCAGACGGCUUGUACGAAUGGAACGUGAUGCUGUUUGGGCUGAGGAACGCAUCAGCCGUGUUCCAGAGAGUCAUGGAUCAAGUGCUGAAGACAGUGCCAGCAGCAGCGUGCUACAUAGAUGACGUAGUGAUUUUCAGCAGGAGCGAAGAAGAGCAUGCUGAACACCUGAAGGCGACAUUAGAUGCUAUAGCAGCCGCAGGGCUGACCUGCCAUCCAGAGAAAUGCAAAAUAGCCAGAAGGACGGUGGCCUACCUGGGAUUUGAGGUGCAAGGCGGGAGGAUGGGGAUCCAAGAGGCCAAGGUGGCGGUGCUGGACAAGCUGGGGGCACCAAAAGACAAGGGAGCGCUGAGAGCACUCCUGGGGUUCUUGAACUACUACCGGCGCUUCAUCCCGAACUUCAGCAAGAGAGCAUAUAGGCUGAAUCAGCUGCUGAGGGAGGGGCAGACAUGGAAGUGGGGACCAGAAGAGGAGCAGGUAAGAAGAGACCUGUUAGAGGCCAUCAAGGCAGGGACGGUGCUGCAGCUGCCAAAGAAAGAUGCACCAUUCACAAUCUACACAGAUUGGAGCAGCAUGGGCAUGGGAGCCGUACUGUGUCAAGAGCUGGAAGGAGAAGAGAAGAACGAGUGGUGGCGUACGCCAGCCGUAGCUGCACAGCAACGGAAGCUAACUACAGUUCAUAUGAGGGUGAAGGAUUGGUGGCAGUGUGGGGAGUAACCCACUUCAGGGCCUACUUGUAAGGGCGCAAAUUCACGCUAGUGACGGACCACCAGCCGCUCUUAUGGCUGAUGACUAAUCAAACGCUGACGGGGCGGAAUGCCCGGUGGGCAAUGAGAUUGCAAGAAUACGAUUUUGUCAUCAAGCACCGCGCGGGCAAGACACUGCAACAUGCAGACGGUCUGUCCAGGAACCCUUCACCCGAAGAGGAGCAGCAGUGGGCAGCAGCCGCAAUGCAGAAGGAAGAGAAGGAUCCGGCGCAAGAGGCGAAGGAGCAAAGAGCAGAGGACAUUUGGCAAGACAAGGAGACAUUGCACUGGGUGCAAGGACUGACAGAGGAUGCAGCAACAGUGACGGCGAGAGCGAGGUGUAGAGGAUGACACUACCGGUGGUUUCAGAGUCAGAUGCAGCUGCGGACGACAGAGGGAUGGAAAAUGGUGCCAAGGCCAGAAGAAGAGAGAGCGUACCGUACAGCAAGUGCAUGAGAAGCUGGGGCACUACAGGGGAGCCAGGACUAGGCAACUAUUACAAACCACUUAUUGGUGGGCAGGGAUGAGAAAGGACGUAGCGAAGUGGGUGCAGGGGUGCGAGGCAUGUCAGCGGAACAGGGCAGCGCUGGAGAAGGGGAGGGAAGAACUGCAGUCUCUGCCCAUACGUGGCCUAGGAUUCAGGUGGUCGUUGGACCUAGCCGGUGAAUUACCAUUGACCAGACGAGGGAAGAUAUACAUAGUGGUGAUGAUAGAGCACACGACCAAGUGGGUGGAGCAAGAGCCAUUGCCAGCAAGAACAGCGGGCUGAUAAGGGAGGCAUUUCUGGAUCAAGUACUCACCAGAUAUGGCGCCUGCGGGGAAGUGCUGACCGAUCAAGGCACGGAUUUUCAAGGCAGCUUUGCUGAACUCUUGAGAGAAGCAGGCAUCACUCACAGAGUGACGUCGCGGUACCAUCCUCUGUCUGACGGGUUGACCGAGCGGAUGAUACAGA